UGGCGAUCCCCGUCUGAUAUUCUCUCGAUACUCCUACUGAUAGGCGGGGACAUCAUCCAGAAAGCGCUCGCGCAAGUCUCCGGAUACUACUUCACACCAGUCGCCUUCUCGUUUGGUUGGAUUGCCUACGCUUUCGCCGCGCUAAUGUCGUCCUUCGGCGAUGGCAAACUUAUGCCU